AUGAAAGCUGUCAACGGUCGCCUCAUUCUAUUGGCAAUGCUGCUGGCCAUUGUGGAAUUAACACAGGCAAUCGACUUACAACACCUCGAAGAGAAAGCCAUGCAAGUUGCCAAGGAAUGUGUUAAAGAAACGUCACUGAGUUCGGAUGAAGUUAAACUUUUUAUGGAAAAUGCUAAGAAAGAAAUCGACGAAAUGAAAUUCACCGAUAAAAUGAAAUGUUAUAUGUCUUGUUUGUAUAAGAAAGUUGGUAUAUUCGAUGCGAAUGGUAAACCGAAAAUUCCGGAAUUGACCAAAUUCUUAGAAGAACGUUACAAGAACAAAAAGGAUAAAGUAAAACCGGCUAUGAUGAAAUGUGCAGCAAUGAAUGAUCCAAAUCUAUGUGAACAUGUUUUCAAAUUUGAAGGUUGCAUUGCUAAAGAAAUUAUGGGGAAAUAA